AUGAGAAUUUUAGUGGGAGUGAAGCGAGUGAUCGACUAUGCCGUAAAGGUUAGGGUAAAACCAGACAAAACUGGAGUAGUCACAGAAAAUGUGCAGCAUAGUAUGAACCCUUUUGAUGAGAUUGCUUUGGAAGAAGCUGUAAGGAUGAAGGAGAAGAAGCUAGCAAAAGAGGUCGUUGCCGUUUCUAUGGGAGGACCGAAAUGCCAAGAAGUAUUACGAAACGCUCUUGCCAAAGGUGCAGAUAAGGCUAUUCAUAUUGAGACCACGGAUGCUGAGGUCCCAAUGCUGGAGCCACUUCAUGUCGCCAAAGCUCUCCAGAAAAUUGUUGAGAAAGAGAAAUUCGAUGUAGUUUUUCUUGGGAAGCAGGCGAUAGAUGACGAUGCCGGUCAAACGCCACAACUUCUUGCUGGUUUAUUAGAAUGGCCGCAAGCCUUGUACGCCAGCAAGGUCGAGAAAGCAGAUGACACUCACUUGCAAGUAUCAAGAGAAAUUGAUGGAGGUAUGGAUGUUGUGAAGAUCAAACUUCCGGCGGUUAUAUCAGCAGAUCUUCGUUUGAAUGAGCCUCGAUAUGCAACUUUGCCAAACAUAAUGAAAGCCAAAAAGAAGCCGAUGACAAAAAUGACAAUGAAGGACCUCGGGAUCGAUCUCAAGCAACAAACGAAACUUUUAGAGGUGACGGAGCCUCCAGUCCGAAAGGCUGGUGGAUUUGUUCCGGAUGUACCCACACUUAUAGAAAAACUCAAGGAAAAAGGUUUCAUCAAGUCUUAGGUGCUGCUCAUAUUCUACACAGAUGAAUGAAUUGCGAUAUUGUAAUUUUGCAACCUCGGACA